AUGCAGUCUCUCCUCCAGUCUCGUCGCACCGGAACGUCAAUGGUCUUUACGCUAGAGGAUCAUCAAAAGGAAGAAGGCUUAUUAAAAGAAGCAAUUCAUCGAGCUGUUCAAUGUGCUCAAAUGGCACCCAACCACAAGCGGACGGAACCAUUUUCCUUUCUUCAGAUAAUGAAUUCUUCGUCCAGCGCGGACCAAGUGGCCGAAAUUGCCUAUCAAGUGGCCGCAAGAACCAGGAGCGUCCCCGUGGCGAGAAAGAAGAAGGAAAAAUGGUCUCAAAUUCCAGCCUUUCUGGUCACCCUUGUCCACAAGAACCAGAAAGCUGUAUUGUCCGACAGUAGUAGUGGUGGUAGUAGUAGUAGUAGUAGUAGGAGUGAUACUGUGGAUGAAAUUUCAGACGGUACCUUUGAACCAUUGCCAUAUGCUCCUCCCGAGACUGAACGGCAGCUAGAAGAUUACGCCAGUGCUUCUGCCGCCAUUCAAAAUGUCCUGUUGAGUUUGCACGCCGAUGGCAUUGCCACCAAAUGGGCCACUGGACCCGUCAUUUGCACUCCUGCCUUUCGAAAAUUGGUCCACGCCAAACCUACGGAUCGAAUAGCAGGGUUGAUCAUGGUGGGUGGCAUGGACAGUACCCAAUUCGACAGCGACAAGAUGGAGCAAAUUACUGCGGCUCGACGGCGACGAAGGCGUGAUGUAGAUGGCGAUGUGCUUCAAAGUUUAUUGCCAUGA